GGCGCAUUUAGCACCUCUAUUCAAGCCCAGACCGUUAGCCCACCAAAAUAUUAAAAGCCCGCGGGGAGUCCUUUCCUCCACUUAACAACGCUCCUCCCGCCAUUCUCUCGCUCUUCCCUCUACGUCUUCUCCAAACCCUAAGCCGUGAUUCGAGUUUUCGCUCUCACCUUAAGGUCAGCAAUUCCAUCGGAUUUUCAAAAAUCUGUUGCCUUUACGUCCCUUGGAUUACUUCUGGAUACUGAUGUCGUGCUGUUGGUAGUACAUAUAUGCAAUGAUAACACCGAUUUGUUUCCUUCUUGCUGUUCUCACAGAGCCCUGAAUUUGAUCGUUUAUGGAUCCUCAAUCUGAAGAACAACCAGUGAGCUACAUAUGCGGAGAUUGCGGGCAGGAACAAACGCUGAAGCAAGGUGAUGUGAUUCAGUGCCAAGAGUGCGGCUAUUGUAUCUUGUACAAGAAGCGAACUCGCAGAAUUGUUCAAUAUGAAGCAUGCUGAAGAUGUAAUGAACGUAGGUUCCCGAACAGAGUUGAUAUUGGGAGAAAAUGAGUGUGCAGAAGACCCGGUAGUUUACUUGGUCUAGUAAAAAGACAUGAUAUGUAACUAGUAGUUAGUUCCCUUAGGAUGUUGGACUACUACUUCCCAUGGUUUUAUUAUCAUUAUCUUGUGAAGACUGAGAAAAGAGAAGACCCAUGAUUUCGACUUUAGUGACUAUUGCGCAUGUGGGAGACUAUUUUGUGCAAGAUAAAGGGUAUGAUU